AUGACAUGGGAUGUUGCUGUUCAGGAAAGGGUCCCUGAGGGUGAAAGUGUAGUAGACUCAGGACAUGGUUGGUUUGGAUCAUUUAAAAUCCGCCCCCCUCCAUCAUUGGUCAUCUUAUUUCUUCUUUCAUUCCUGUUAAUCUUUAAUUGGGUGUUACAUAUUGUGAGUUUAAUCUAUUUAAGUGUUAUAUCUUUUUGUACUUUUAGAUACCUCAAGCUUUGUUCUGACAGACAGUUAAGUUACUUGGAAAUUUUUAUUUUAGUUCAGUUUUUGGUCUUGUUAGGUACGAAUGAGGCAGCAUUGAAUCUAGGGCUAAUUAUCCUACACUACAGAGGCAAGACCCUUGUAAAUACUCUUAACUAUACUUGUGGAGAAGCCACUUUCCUCAAUGUUAUGUUGCCCUUUGCUGUUGGUGUGCUUCCCACCUACACAGGCCCUGAUCAGCCCACCAAGCCAAUUGCCACUACUCCAUCACCUACUCCAGUGCUUUCGAAGCCCCCUCGAUUCCAGUGCAACUCUAGCUCCGAUGUGACUGCAGCUGUGCAAAAAUUCCCUGCUCCUGAUCCCAAUGAGCUCUCCCAGAUAUCAAGAAUCUUUGAAGUUGGGGACUUGUGA